CAUAAGCGCAUCUCUCCUCUCUUGCCGUUGUUGAAAGCUUUUUUGCUCUCUCUCGAUAGCUUUUGGUGGUGGGUUUGGCGUUUGAGAUUGAAGAGAUCAAUCUUAUUAAUUUAUUGCUUGAGGUGGGCUUUGUUUGAAUUUGGGGUUUGAAGAGAUUGAAAGGUGAAAAAUGGAGAUAGAUUUCUUGGGUUUGAGCUCUAAAGAGCCUCAAGCUGUGGUGAAAGAAGAGGUUCAUACUGGUGGGUACAAGGAGAUAGUUUCUUGGAGUUGGUUUAUGUAAAAGCAGAUGGUGAUUCCAAAUAUGGGUCGUUUUUCUUUCUGUUUGGAUUUUGAAGGACUUAUUGAAGGCCCUGUGACACAAUGGCCAUUCACAAACAAGGUCUCUGCACUUCCUCAUUUUAUGUCGUUUAAGGCUGCUCAACUUGAUAAGACAAAGAAGAUUGCAUCUGAUGCUCAGAUAUCCCUUGCAUUCAUGACUACAUCAACUGCAGAUGCGGAUAAUCCCGAUCAAUUAGGUUCUGGGGCAGAGAACCAGAAUUUGGCUGAAACGAAGCCACAGUCAAUGGAAGGAGUUCCAGUUACUACAAUGCUUUCAAUUGUUCCCAGAAUUGGCUCUGUUAAUGGGUUCACUGAACUACGUAGUGCCAAGGCCUUCAACUCUCCUGCUCAGUUGACAAUUUUUUAUGCGGGUACAGUGAAUGUAUUUGAUGGCAUAUCUCCUGAGAAGGCUCAGGCUAUUAUGCUGUUGGCUGGGAAUGAGGUAUCCAUGGGGCAACCAAAGAUUCAAGUGCAGGCCCCCAUCUCAACUCCAGCAGCAGGUGAUGGUGUUCCUGUGAAUCAUCCCAUGAAUGCAGUACCAAACUCCGAUCUUGCAAGUCCUAUGUCUUUCUCCUCACAUACUGGUGCUCAGUCAGGAAGUGGGUCUACCACCAAUGAGGAAAUAAAACCAGCUAAAAUUACCGGAGUUGCAACACCUCCUGUUAGUGUACUUGAGCGUCCUAAAGCGCUGAAAGCUAUGGGUUCUGUUCCUGCAACAACCAUGAUAGCGUCAGCUGUUCCACAGUUUCGGAAAGCAUCGUUGGCUCGGUUUUUGGAGAAGCGCAAGGAGAGGGUUCUGAACACAGCACCAUACAAGUUUGCUAGCAAGUCUCCAGACCAGCUAGCCAUGAAUCCGUGAGUUUCUCUUUUACCUGUGCGGAAAGGACUGCCUCUCUCUUGGCAAGGGAAAGGAGUAGACUAGAUCCCAUGGAGUCUGAAUAUAUCUCAUUAAUUGCAACUCGCAUGGAGUCUCAAGUAGAAGUGUAGAACUCAGUAAUUCCAACUUUGUUGUAAGUUCUUAUUGUAAGCAUAUCUCUUCCAUUUUACUUUUGUAUUUGUUCCAUCUUCUCUCUUCAAGUACUUGGAUCUUUGUUUCCGGCUUAUGACUUUUAAGUACAGUUCUUAACCAUGGGAGGUAAAUCUCCUGUGUUUCCUUUUCUGAAAAGAAAACUCUUAUGGGUUCUAA